CUGAUGCAAUAGCCUACUGGAAGAUAGUGAAGGAAGCCAGUGUGAGGAAAAGCCAGAUAAAGUAAGCUACUCACCAAACCCAGAAGAUCACGGUUUUCCCCCCUCUACCAUCUUAUUCUAGUCGAUAGGUAACUGAGUAUGCCAGUUGUCAGAGCCCUGAGUAAGGUGGUGAAGCAGGCCCUGCUGACACCCGCGUGUGGAUGUCAGCCUCUGGCCGUGGCAGUACGUAACAUCAGCUUCUCUCCACGUCAGGUCACCUCUGGGUCAGAUGCCAGCUUUCACUCGGUUUCCUUCUCUGAGACGGACCACCCCAAAGUUCUCAUCACAGGUGGCCUUGGGCAACUGGGGGUUGGGCUUGCUAAACUGUUGAGGAGACGAUUUGGAAAAAACAAUGUGAUCCUUUCGGAUAUCAGGAAACCACCAAGCCACGUCUUUCACAGUGGACCCUUCAUCUACUCUGACAUUCUGGACUACAAGAACUUGCGAGAGAUUGUGGUAAAUAACAGGAUCACCUGGUUGGUGCAUUACAGUGCUCUUCUGAGUGCUGUCGGGGAAGCUAAUGUACCACUGGCACGAGCAGUCAACAUCACCGGUCUACACAACAUCCUUGACAUUGCAGCAGAACAUGGGCUUCGGCUAUUUGUCCCUAGCACCAUUGGUGCUUUUGGACCCACUUCACCUCGGAAUCCCACUCCUGACCUAUGUGUACAGAGACCACGAACAAUUUAUGGUGUCUCCAAAGUCCAUGCUGAGCUAAUGGGGGAGUACUACCACCACCGUUAUGGCCUUGACUUUCGCUGUCUGCGGUACCCUGGCAUCAUCUCAGCAGACUCUCAGCCCGGUGGUGGCACAACAGACUAUGCUGUGCAAAUUUUCCAUGAUGCCGUCAAGACUGGGAAGUUUGAGUGCAACCUAAAGCCAGACACUCAGUUGCCCAUGAUGUACAUCGAUGACUGUCUGCGGGCCACUCUGGAGGUUAUGGAGGCUCCAGCUGAAACGCUCAGUAUGCGGACCUACAACAUCAAUGCCAUGAGCUUCACUCCCGAGGAACUCACUGUGGAGGUCCAGAAACAGCUGCCUGACCUCCAGGUCACAUAUGAAAUUGAUCAUGUGCGACAGGCCAUCGCUGACAGUUGGCCCAUGAACUUUGAUGACACCAAUGCACGCAAUGACUGGGGUUGGAAACAUGACUACGAUCUCCCAGAGUUGGUCCAGACAAUGCUCAACUUUAUCGGCUCAGACUCUCGCAUUGCCCGAGCCAACUGAGUCUGAUCUUGAAUGUUGAAAAUAUGUACAUAUCAAAAAGAAUGAGAGAAGAGAGAUCCAUGGUCUGUAAAUAGUCUUUUCCCUGCUCAAUUGUGUGUCGUCUCUAUAGACCCUUAUUAUCUAGCACUUGAUAACGUAUAAUUGUAUAUUUUAAAAAGGGUCUGGUCUCUCUUUUUCUUGGUUGGGGUAGAAUUCCCUCUUUGAGGGGUUUCUAUCGUUGAUCCACCUGUAUUUUGAAAGCUGAAUAGUGUAAGCGAUUUAAAUGGAAUGGGUUUAAACCCAACAUGAUCCUCUUGUGCGUUGCAUUUAAAAAUAGGAUCACUUUGUCUGUCUUUAGGCAAAAUAAACCAAACAUUUAAUUCCAAAAAUGAAUGUGGCAGCUCUUAAACCAUAUGUUUCCAAAUUCUGCUUUCAAGAUUUCCAAUUUUCUUUCUUUGUUUUAUUUAAAAUAAUUUACUUUUCUGUACCAUUUUGGAGGAAUUCAAUUUAGAUAUGUGGCAAAAAGCUGAUGGUCAUGUUUAGACCGUCUGGUUUAUUAUGAGUUCUUCAUGUAAUAAGAAUUGUUACAAUAUUUCCUCAGUAAAGGAAACAAGUCUAAAGCUGAAGCACAUUUAAAGAGUCAAAAACAUGUGUAUUAAACAGGGUGGGACUUAAAUGGAGGUCCUAAUGGGAAGGAGUGGUCGUCAUGAUAAAUGACGUGUCCUUCUUGGCUGCUUUUGCUCUCUUGUGCACUAUCUAUUUAUUUAGUAUGCUUGCAAGCAAGGCACCAUUGCUGUAUGCAUUAAAAAUGGUCAAUUUGUUUUAUUUCAUUUCUUUUCUUUUUUUUUCGCAAAUCUUGCAUUUGGAAUCUUGCCCAUAAACAUUUGCUUACAGGGAAUAUAUUAUCCCAUUUGAAGGGGAGAGUAGGAAAAUAAAUGUAAAUUAUUUUUUAAUUAAGCUUUGCAUCCACAUUUUUUGUUGUUAUGAUC